CUGAAUUCAGUGGCUUGGAAAACAAAAUCUAAAACAGAGCUCUCCUCAACCCCUUGUAUUUACUAACCCCUAAAUCAUCCCUACCUUCUUUCACUUCCUCACAAUUUUACGGCUUUUAAAAAAAUAUCUCAAAGGCCCAAAAAAAAAAAGAUUUUUUUUCUCUUUUUCUUCAAAAAAUUUCAUCUCAUUUUCCUCCUCUCAAACAUUCAUUUUCCAACUACUUUUAACCACCUAAACCAAACAAAUUAAGAAAAAGAAAUUAUGACAUUUCGCCUUAAAUAUCUUCUAGCACUUCUCUAGAAACUCCUGUAAACCUUUGCAGGCAGGAUGGCCAUGAUCGGGAGAUCUUCCUCUCUAUCCAAACUCCUCCUUCUUGGCCUCCUGUCUCUCCUCAUCCUCUUCCUCCCCUCCUCUUCGUCCGCCGUUCGCGUCGCCGCCGUCAUAAGCACACCCUCACCCUCCUCAUCUCCUCCUAACCUCCCCGAAUUUCGGGAGGCCCCGUCCUUUCGAAACGGGGACCAGUGCGGGCCCACUGCAUCGAUCCACGUGGCGAUGACCCUCGACAUCAACUACCUAAGGGGAACAAUGGCAGCCGUCCUGUCAAUGCUCCAGCACUCGACCUGCCCUGAGAACCUCUCCUUCCACUUCCUCUCCGCCCACUCCGAGCCCGAGCUCUCGGCCAGCAUCAACCAGACCUUCCCAUACCUGGCCUUCAGGAUCUACAACUUCAACCCGAACUGGGUCAGGGGCAAGAUCUCUCGGUCCAUCCGACAGGCCCUCGACCAGCCCCUGAACUACGCCAGGAUCUACCUGGCCGACAUCCUCCCCUCCGAGGUCGGCCGGGUCAUCUACUUCGACUCCGACAUCAUCGUGGUCGACGACAUCGACAAGCUCUGGAACGUCGACAUGGAAGGUAAGGUCGUCGCGGCGCCCGAGUACUGCCACGCCAACUUCACCCCGUACUUCACCGACCGGUUCUGGUCCGACCGGAAGUUGGCUGGGACCUUCGAGGGGCGGAGGCCGUGUUACUUCAACACGGGCGUGAUGGUGAUGGACGUGGAGAAGUGGCGGGAAGGAGGGUACACGAGGAAGGUCGAGGAGUGGAUGGCGGUUCAGAAGCGAGAGAGGAUAUACCAUCUGGGCUCCCUGCCGCCGUUCUUGCUGGUCCUGGCCGGGAACAUCAAGGCCGUGGAUCACCGGUGGAACCAGCAUGGGCUCGGCGGGGAUAACUUUGAAGGAAAAUGCAGGAAUCUGCACCCGGGGCCGAUCAGCCUUCUACAUUGGAGCGGGAAAGGGAAGCCGUGGCUGAGGCUCGAUUCGAGGAAGCCGUGCAUUGUGGAUUAUCUGUGGGCUCCUUAUGAUCUCUACCGCUCCUCCAAGCAUGCUUUGGAAGAGUGAAUUCGGUUUCAAGUUUCAACGUUGGGUUGGAGAUGAGAGGGAGCUACAUGCAUGCAUUGUUGAAAAGGUGAGGAGUACUCUUGGGGAAAAUCUCUUGCGUAAAUUGGGAAUUAGGUUCUUAUUAUUCUGACCUUAAUCUUAUAAUAUGAUGAUGAAAAACGAGUUGGGGGUAUUCUUAGUAUUAUCUAUAUGUUAUACUAAAUACUGGGAGAAAAAGGAUCUAUAGAAACCCUAAUUUUUAUUCGGGAAUUUUCUUCGAGUAGUCUUUACCUCUCUUGAGGGUUUUGUAUGUACAUUUUGAUGUUCUUUCUCUUCUUCCAUAUAUGAAAAGCUUCAUCCAAUGAUGAAAUUGAUUUGAAUUAGUUGGCUUGUAGAACAUAAAUAGUAUGGUACGAUUGUUAGUCUAAAAUUUUGAACAUCCAUAACGUUGUUUUUUCUUCUUCUUCUUCUUCCUAUUUCUGUUUCUGUUUAGUUUUUUUUUCCUUUCAUUCAAUUUGUAUAUUUCACACCUUUUUUUCAUUCUUUCCGCUUUGUUUGAUUAGGUUGAAUUUGUAAAAACGAUUGAAGCCCAGGCAAAAAAGAAAAUUGUUUGCGUCCUUUCCCUCCCUUCAAAACUAUAAAAAAGAAAGAAAAUUGUUAACUGAGAACAGUCAAUUCUCCGGAAUCUGGAACUGCAAAACUCAGGAAGGAAUCUCAACCAAAUUGUCGUCUCAAAACCAUAUGAAUGAAGCCUAUGUACACAACAGGGUAACCUACUAUCUAGGUGUAUGAGGAUAACCUGAGAAGUAGCGAUCGCUCCACCGCAGGAUGAGGAAGCGAGGUUCGAGUAAAGAAGAACCUUCCACUUGUUCUUUCAGAAGAUAAUCACAUUUCAAAGAUGACUUUCCCAACGUGUUCCACAGAAUGUAAUCACCACAAAUAACCUGUAAUGAUAUAGGAGAGACGAUUAGUCGAUGUCUUUUGUUUUCAUGCCCAGUUGGCAUUUAAGGGCAUGAAACAAACCAAAGUUUGUUUUUUUCUUUUUCCUUCUCAAAAACACAACUUGAGCUCUAGUAAUGGAUAUGGCUCUAAAAAACUUUUUGUAUAAUCAUUCAACUCGGAUUUCAGUGGAAGGAAGAUAAACUCAUCAGAAGAGUAGAGAACUCCACCAGGGCUUUCCCAGAUGGAUAGAUACUCACCUGUAUCAAGCAUUGAAUACAAGAGAUUCUUAUUU